UUCACGGGCACCCUUAGAAAUGACGAGGAAUGUGAUGAUGUAAUAUGUGUGUGACUGAAGUCAGCCUGUAGUCCACUCUCUUGCUUCUCCGUCAGGAUGGGGACCCAGGUUAAAGACGUGGUCAUUAAGCCUGAUGCGCCAAACACUCUCCUCCUAGACGAGCAUGCAGACUAUAUUGCAGCCUAUGGCUCCAAGAAGGAUGACUAUGAGUACACACUGUCCGAAUACUUGAGAAUGAGUGGCAUCUACUGGGGUCUGACAGUAAUGGACCUGAUGGGUCAGCUGUCUCGAAUGAACCGUGAGGAGAUCAUAGAGUUCAUCAAGUCCUGCCAGCAUGACUGUGGAGGCAUCAGCGCCAGCACUGGCCAUGACCCUCAUCUCCUCUACACCCUCAGUGCUGUACAGAUCCUGUCCUUGUAUGACAGCAUUAAUGUCAUUGAUGUAGACAAAGUGGUAGACUAUGUUAAAGGACUGCAGCAGGAGGAUGGCUCAUUCGCAGGAGACAAAUGGGGAGAAAUAGAUACACGGUUUUCCUUUUGUGCGGUUGCGACAUUGUCACUACUGGGCAAGUUGGAUGUGAUCAACAUGGACAAGGCUGUUGAGUUUGUGCUGUCCUGUAUGAACUUUGAUGGUGGGUUUGGUUGUAGGCCUGGUUCAGAGUCCCAUGCUGGUCAGAUUUAUUGCUGUACAGGUUUCUUGUCGAUCACUGGGCAGCUUCAUCAAGUAAAUGCAGAUCUGUUGGGUUGGUGGCUCUGUGAAAGACAGUUACCAUCAGGAGGCUUGAAUGGGAGACCAGAGAAGCUGCCUGAUGUCUGCUAUUCCUGGUGGGUUCUUGCCGCUUUGAAGAUCAUUGGCAGAAUUCACUGGAUUGACAAAGCAAAACUGCGCAAUUUUAUUCUUGCUUGCCAGGAUGAAGAGACUGGAGGCUUCGCUGAUAGGCCUGGAGACAUGGUGGAUCCUUUCCACACUCUGUUUGGUGUGGCUGGUCUGUCUUUGCUGGGAGAUGAGCAGAUCAAACCAGUGAAUCCUGUGUUUUGCAUGCCUGAGGAUGUGCUUCAGAGGAUUGGCCUCCAACCAGACUUGCUGAGCUGAGUUUCAAUUUUCAGCAUGGCCAUUUUCCUCUUUUCCUACCCCUGCACAGCCAGCCAUUUCGAAACGGGCAAACCGUGGAAAGCUGUCAUCUUCAACUAACGAUUGGCACACCGUUUAGAGGGACCAAGGACUUUAGAAAGACCCU